AUGGAAAAGUUGAACAGGACAUCAGAGGAAAACAAUUUUGACAACAGCUUCAACGUCAGCAAGCGUAUUACCAUUUAUUUACUACCAAUUUACUCAAAUCUCAGUGGCAAUGCUUCAGAUGUCCAAAUCCUAAAAUGGGUGGAUUGGAUCAGCAUGGGCGUUGGACUUCCUUUGACUCUAAUAGUGAUAGUGACAAUUUUUCUACAGGUGAAAAAGGAUCAGGGUGCCCCAGUCUACGUCAUCAACCUUCUCUUUUCUGAUCUCAUUCAGUUCUGCGGCAGAAUUAUGGCUUUAUUUAGGCCUUGUAUCGGUGGUGGUAUCGCAUAUUUUGGUUUCAUAGCCAGUGUUGGAUUCAUGGUCUGUAUCUCCUUGGAAAGGUAUUUGGUCAUCGCCAAGCCACUGUGGUACAGAUUCAGGAGAAACAUCAAGACCUAUGUGGUGGUCUGUGUUGUGGUCUGGACACUUCCUCUUAUUGUUCAACUAACUUUGUAUCUGACAACUGAUCCUACUGCUACUCCAUUUAGUCUAACUAUCAUAUCUAGUCUGCUCCUUCUGCCUUUUCCGUUCUUCAUCUUAUCCUUGGUUGGGACUAUUAAAGCUCUGUCUGCAGCCCUCAGUGUCCCAGCAGAAGAAAAAAGACGAAUCGCAGCCAUUCAGGUUGUGGUGCUGCUAAUUUACACUCUUCUUUUCCUGCCCAUGAUUCUUUCUUUCCUGGUGUAUGAAUUUAUUUUAUUUCCUGAUAUACUGUUCCCAGUUUGUCUUUUACUUAGUCCCCUUGCAGACCCAACUCUGUAUUUGUUAACUCGGAAAAGCUUCCUGGAUAAGUUUCUGGGUUCACUCUGUUCUUGUAAAGCAUCAGACAAUCAGGAGAUGAGCAGCAAGGAUACUGAAAGCACGACUGCUCCACAUACUGAGACUGUUUAGGGUUUAAUAUCUGGAGCCUCUACAACAAUCUACUGUAGCUG